CGCUACCCUCAAGACCUCGUUCCUUCCUAAGACCGAGAAGCUGGCUGAUGCUUCUGUGGUUGUCAGCAUUCCCGUGAAGCGGGUCUCACCGGUUCAGGCUUCCCUGGAGCCUGCUGUUUCCCGCAGGACUAUCUCUCUCGCCGGAGUUGCAUCCCUGGCCGCUGUGCUCUCCGCUCCCGGUCUUGCUUUGGCUGACUUCGAGGAGGACUAUGUUAAGGCGACGACAAACGUCAUCGAAAGAGUGAGGUACACUCUGGGCCUCGCUAGAGACGAUCCCGCUAGGAGCGAAGCCGUGAGUGAACUCCGAGAGCUGUCCAACACGUGGGUGGCGAGGUAUCGCCGCGAGAAGAGCGUGGCCGGCCGGCCGUCCUUCAGCAACAUGUAUUCCGUCCUCAACGCCAUUUCCGGUCACUACAUCAGCUUCGGACCUACCUACCCCAUCCCGAAGAAGCGGCUCGACAGAAUAGUGGAGGAGGUUGACAUUUCCGAGCGCGCUCUCGCCCGUGGCCGAUAA